AUGGGCACCACCAGGAAAAUUCUCAUCGCCGGGCCCGGACCGUCGCUGUGCACAUCUGAGACGCGCAUCACCUAUUAUGGCAUGGAUCGCGGGCGCAGCCGCUACGUGACGCUCGGUGUGGCAUCCGUGCCAAGAGUCUUUUCUUGCCGAAAAAAACGGCCCCCAGGCCCCCAACGCCACACAGUAAUCGUCCGAUCUAAUGCCAACGGUUCCGAGAUGCACUGCUCAGCUACGGCUGUGUACAGCUGCAUAAUUUCAGCCAUCACUGUGAGACGCGUGAAAGGAAAUUAUACAAAUCGACAACGCUAA